AAUUGGAGCAAGAUCUUUCUUUAGCACAGAAUGAGUUAUCAGAAAUAGAAUCUCUUGAGCGUGAAUUCGAACAAGAAAAGAUAUUACUAUCUGCUGAAAACACUACCCUAAAUUAUAAAAAAAUGGAGUUAGAAGAAACUCUGUCUAAAGAAAGAAAUAAAUUAAUGCAGAUAAAGGAUAAUUUAGCUUCAGCACAAAAGGCAUUAUUAGAGAAAGAUUCCCUUUUUCAAGAAACUAAUGCUCAUUUAGCAGAGCAGAUUUUAAAAGUAUUCAGUGAGUUGAAGUAUAAUGAAGUAAUUGGAGGUGUUAGCAGACUAGAAAAAGCAGAAUGCGGUCUUUAUCAUAAUAAUGAUAUUACUAAUCAUAUACUUUCUAUGGCGCAUAUCCUCUUAUAUAUAUUCUUUUAUUUUACUUCUCAAUAA